UCCUGUGCCUGAAGUGAAAACACGAAAUAGGCGAAAGGAAAAGUUGUCUGGGGACGUCCAUAAACUUUAUGCAUCGACAAAACCCGGUCAUUAUCAUCGGAUGUUUGAUAUACAACAUGUAAUAUUUUCGAUAAAGUUAUCGUUUUGAUAAAUUGUUUGUCCUUUAGAAUAGCAGAAUGUUUGUUUAGGUCAUGUCUUGACGCUGGCUCCAGCUUUCAGGGAGAACGCGUGUGCUGCAAGCUGGUGCCUCCAUGGUCAAGAGCAGUUGACAACUGCGUGUUGGCAUUUUUGACAUUCUUGGACGGUGAUGCCAGGCUUAAAGAUGGCAGAAUCGGGAGACCAUCAGAGGCAAUUUCAGGCAGCUGUCGACGUCAUUCAGAAUCUCCCUAAAAAUGGUUCGUACAGGCCUUCCUAUGAGGUCAUGUUGCGGUUUUAUGGGCUCUACAAGCAGGCGGUGUGCGGACCUUGCACAGUGUCGCGACCCGGCUUCUGGGAUCCAGUGGGACGCUACAAAUGGGACGCCUGGAACCGGCUGGGUGACAUGAGUAGUGAGGGGGCCAUGGCCGCCUAUGUGGACGAGAUGAAGAGGGUAGCACAAGAGGUAAUUGACACGAUGGCAAUGGAUGAGCGAACGGCGUCUUUCUUCCACUACUUCGAGCCGCUCUAUAAGGUCAUCCAUGACAUGCCCCGGCCGCCAGACUCCCUGCUCAGCCUCCAAGCAGACAUCAAUGCCAACGACCAGACCUCAAGCCUUUUGGAGGCGGAGCAGCAGUCGGCGGCGUGCGCCAGUGAUGACGUCAUCUCAGCGUGUCCUCCAGAGCUGGACAGCAGAGCGGAUGAGGCGUACCACACUGACCAGGAGAGAGUAGAGGACGAGGACUCUAACACUGACCUGGACCUGAGCAGGGGAUCAGAGGACGACACACACACAGUAGCAUCCGUAGUAGCAGCAGCACCACCAGCAGUAGCACCAGCAGUGGAGCAGAGGGAGAGGGAGAGGGAGGGGGCCUGCGAUCUGCAGCCCAGCACACAGCCUCCUGAGCCAGAUUCUGUAUCCUCCGAUGGUUUAGCGCCGACCAGUGACUCAGAGAGCGAGAUCUACUGUGACACAGUGGAGCAACUGGACAAUGGCAAGCAAGAGCCCAUACAGAGCGCACCUGUGUCAGACGUGCUUGACAGUCUUCCCUCUGCCCCCUCGCCGACACCUGAGCAGCACCCCGAGGCAGCCGACCACCAGGGGGCCCCGCAGGGGGCCCCCACACCUGUCUCCCGGGCGACGGAGGUGGGGUUGGGGCAGGGUGGCGAGGGCGGCGAGGGCGGUGGACGACCAGGCCCACCCAUGAGGAGAAGAGCAGCAGCAGCCGGAGGAGGAGGAGGAGGGGGGGGCAGAGACGCUGCUAGGCAACACGCUAGGCAACCACGAGGUCAGUCCACCAGGACACUGUUGUUAUGGUUCAGGUUGUUGGGAAAUCAGUUGGAAGAAUGUUUUCUCAUACAGAUGGAACGACACGGUUUCGAGCGGGAUGCUGGUGGGGAGCGAGGGGUGCCCCCGGGGGGUGGAGGGGGAGGCGGUGAGGAUGGCUCGGGGGGCUCCGACCCCGACCCCCGCCGGCUGCAGGAAGCCCAGGUGCAGCAGCAGAUCGUGCUGGCCCUACGGAGGCUCAGAGAGGACAUGCAGAGCGUCAUGGAGCGGCUGGAGGUGGUCGAGGGCCUCGCUGCAGCCAAUGCUCACAGCUCAAACUGGAGGGCUGAGACUCAGACUGCACCGGCGGCACGAGAGGCGGAGAGCGAGUGGUGGUGGCCGUUCGACGUGUCUGGCCGCACGCUGCUGCUCCUGCUCCUCUGGCCGUUCCUCGCUCAGGGCCUCGUCUUCCUGCUCCAGCGGCGACGGAGGAGGAAACCUCACGUGCCUUCAUGAGUCCAGUCCGCCUGUUGAAGGAGAGGAUUGUGCACAUCCCAGGAAAAGGAGCAGGACGAAGGCCAACUGUAGUUUUCAAAGUGAGAAGUCUGCACAC